GUCCUUUUAAUCUGACCGUAUCUCAGCCGUUGGAUCACAGUCCAAAUCUUGACUGCGACUGGCUGACCCGGUGACCCGUCCCCCCUUCUCAUAUAAAUCCCCUUCCAUCUCUCUGUGCAAAAUACACGCACUUUUCGUUUCACAGCUUCGAUUUGCAGCCAUGGCGGUUCAACUCCUCAGCUAUCCCAAUCUCACCGAGCCAGCGGCGGUCCGAGAGCCCAUACCCGCCGGAUUAAUAUCACCGGAGCAUUUGAACCGAGCAGUUUCAAACUUCAGAAAAGCUACUUCGUUGCUGAACAGGACCGGCCAUGCCCGGUUCAGGCGCGCACCGGUUCAACCGCACCACAGCCAGCUGCCUCCGCCGACGUUAGCUCCGAUUCAACCCCUAACUCUGAAUCUGUUCUCAAUUUCAACACAGGAGCGAGCUCCGGCGGCGGAUCGGCCGUUGAAAAAACAUUUGACCGAGGUGAGCGAUUGUUUUGCGAAGAAUCAGAUGGAUUUGCCGCCGCCGACGCCACCGGCGUCCACGUCGGGGAACUUGUCUUCGACUCUCGCGUCGACAAUAACCGGCGAGGGGAGCGUGUCGGGCGGGAAAGGCGGAUUGCCGCCCACGGCUCCAGCGCCGGCUUUCUCCUCCGGCAAGCCGCCGCUGUCUGGGAAGAGGUGUCGCGAGCAUAACCAUACUGAUAGAAUCUCCGGCAAGACCUCCAAAUCUUCGAGCUGCCAGUGCACAAAGAGGAAAAAUAAGGUGAGGAGAACGAUUCGAGUGCCGGCAAUCAGCUCAAAAGCCGCCGAAAUCCCGCCGGACGAGUACUCGUGGAGAAAGUACGGCCAGAAGCCGAUCAAGGGCUCGCCAUACCCACGGUAACCGCCGAUUAUUCAACCUUCUUAGUUAAUAAAAAAAUCAACUCAAUUCGACUUUUUUUUUUUUUUUUUUCUUUUUUUUUUUCUGAUUGGCCGGUUGUGUGAUUUUCAGGGGCUACUACAAGUGUAGCGCCUCGAGGGGCUGUCCGGCGAGGAAGCACGUGGAGAGGGCCACCGACGACCCGGCGGUGCUGAUCGUGACUUACGAGGCGGAGCACCGGCACACGGAUGGCGCGAUGCAGGGGUUCCCGGCCGCGAGGGAGAACAGUAGCAGUUAAGGAAUGAAUGAACUGACGUUUUGUGUGGGCGCGUGUGUAAUAUAGAUGUUUUUGAGGGGUCUCGUUGGAAUUUUGUUAUUUUAGGGGGAGAUGGGGCUUUGCUUGUAAAUUGUGGUUAAGAUGUG